UUCGCAAGUCGUUCUGACCCAAGGUCGCUUCUCCUCAACUCUUGCGCAUCGCCAUUCAGUGUAUGUCCGAGUAAAGUGCGAACGUGUUGUCACAGUUAAAAUGAAGGCUUUUGUGGUUUUGGCGUGCGUCUGCGCCGUAGUAAACGCGCAGUUUGGAAAUUCGCAAUACCAAUCAUCAUUCGGUCAAAAUACUCGCGGACAGAACACUUUCCAGUCAACGGCUAGACUUCAGAGUCAAAAUGCUUUUGGAAACCAAAAUCAGAGGAACCAGUAUCAGCAGAAUCAAUAUCAACAAAAUCAGUAUCAACAAAGCCAGUACCAACAGCCUUCUGCGCCAAGGUCGCAAAACCUCGGAUCCUGCAGAGACAACGAAAGAAACCCAGUUUCUGGCAGCUGCGAUCGUUACGUCGAAUGUGUUAAUGGAACAGCAGAAGAAAAGACUUGUCCAGACGGUCUUCUGUUCAACCCCAGUGCGAACGGCUAUCCUUGCCAGUACCCCAACGAGGUGACCUGUCUUGAGCGUUCUUCCUUACAGCCUGCCCAACCGACCGCCGACUGCCCCCACCAAUUCGGUUUCUUCAAGCUGGGUGACGCUCGCAACUGCAGCGGUUUCAGGAACUGCGUGAAUGGAGUUGGUUUCGACUUCACUUGUCCUGAGGGCCUGGCCUUCAGCUCUGAGACAUACCGCUGCGAGUGGCCAGACCAGGUCGCCGACUGUGACGCUGAAGCUUUUCUUGGUUUCCGGUGUCCAGAAGUACCAGUAUCUAGAGAGCUUGGGCCGCCUGUGGGAUACAGAUUUUAUAGAUCUGACAGUAACUGUCAGAAAUACUUCCUCUGCAUCGAAGGUCGCCCUCGUGUUUUGUCAUGCGGUGGGGACUCUGGCUUUGACGAGCUCACGUCCACCUGCGUGUCAGCAGACGAGGUCGGUGCCUGCCCUCCAGAGCUGAGAGAAGCCGCUGCUCGCUCGCGCCAGGAAGAGAAACAGCGGUUGGCUAAAGAAAUAGAUUUCUACUCAAAACCUUUGGAACAUAAAAGAAGGUUUUAGUUUUAGCGAUUUACUUAAAUAUCAUGACUUUAUCUGCCAACAUUGAGUUAUUCUGUAAAUUUGCUUUAUUAUAUAAUGUUUUCUUUCUUAUAAAUAGUUGCAAUAUUUUCUCAUAGAACUUACUUUUUAGUUCUAUAAAUAAGGACUAUGGUAAAUGCCACACAUAUACAUAUUACGACUGUAUCCCUUACAGAAUAGACAGAGCCAUCAGUCACGAAAAGAAUUUUAAGACACCUACAGGAUGACUUAAAAUAAGACAAAAUUUAGAAUAGUAACAGGUUGCUAGCCAAUCAUCUUAUAAGAAUACCAAGUUUAUAAACAUUUAUUUUGAUUGACUAGGUACGUAGAUAUUUUAUUCUAUUCAGUAAUUUAAUACCAGUUGUCUCUGAACUUCUGCAUGAAUGACAUUCUUUAUUAUUAUUAUUCCAGUAUAUAUAAGUUGAUCCAAGUCUAAGUGACGAGUGGUUACCGGGACCAUAUUAAAAAAGAAUACUCCAUCUCUUUCCCACUGAUGUCGUAAAAGGUGGCGAAGGCUUAUAAACUUGGGAUUCUUCUUUUAGGCGAUGGGCUAGAAACCUGUCACUAUUUGAAUCUAUCAUUAAGCCUAUCAGCUGAACGUGACUUAUUAGUCCUUCAAGACUGUUGGCUCUGUUUUCCCCGCAAGAAAUAUAGACGUGAUCAUGUGAUGAAGUUGAUCCAAAUAAAAUAAUUAUCAAUGUAACUAUCCCAUAUACUGUAAUGUAUAAUGUCAUUAAGUGUCAAAUGUUAAUAAAAACAUCUACAAUUUAAACAUAUACCUGGGUAAUUCUACUCCUGGGUGACUACCUACUGACCAGUCUCUAAUCGCAAAUUAUUUGCUAAAAAUAGGUAAUGUAUAAACUUCCAGUCUAGUCCAUCAGUGUCAUUUUGA